CCUGAACUUCCUGUCAAGCCUUCCUGCGCUCGUUUUGGGCCGCCCGCGCACUCCGUGCGUGCGGCCGGAUGUUUGCCGAGCCCUUUGCGCUGCCGCCCCAUGCCGACGUGUGCAUCCCGUAUGUGCGGCAUACCUUCCUGUCCUACCCACCCGAAAAAUGGGCCGAUGUCCGUGGACGCAGCCGGUCCGUGGAGGUGCGGGGCUGCGACAAAUACGCGCGCGAGGCCGGAAUUCGCUUUCCGCGAGGUGCACUCGCUGAUGUUCAAGGUGCAGCCGUUGGAGCGGGAGAAAGGCCCUGAGAGAGGCAGAAGCUUCUCGACGGAGUCGGACGUGGCAGACCCCGGAGAGGAAGCCAAGCCUCCACCACUGGAGGCAGAGAUCCUUGAGGAGAUUCCACUAGACGAGGAGGGGCAGCUGACCUCCAUUGGCUCGGUGCUGCACGGCAGUGGCGAGUGUCGCCCUUGCGCCUUCCUAGGCUCCGAGCGGCGGCCCUGCAGCAACGGCGCCGCAUGCCUGUUCUGCCACCUCCCUCAUGACCCUCGCCGCAAAGUUCGCCUGGGCCGCCGGAAGAGGCGCGAGAUGCGGAGUGGCGCCGAGGCGGCGCUGGCGGCGGCGAAUGGCGACAUCGCGCCCGCGCCCAGGUACAUCCCCAUUGCUUUGCCGGUGGGGUGCGCAGAAAUGGUCUGAGACGCCUCAGAAAGCAUC